GACAAUUUGUUUGUGAUUUUUGAUCAUCUACUGUGUUAAUUUAUUGUAUUUUGUGAUUUUUUGAAUUGUUCAGUUUGUCUUAACCAUGGCUGAAGUUGUUCAAUAUCAUCUUGAAGAGUUGCUUGAUGUUUUUGUCAGCUUUAGAGAAGUGAAAUUAUUCUCUGCUGUAGAAGUUAAAACCAUUGUUAAUGAUAUACGAUCAUAUGAAUACAAAAUUCAAAAGCCCAGUAAAACAAAGCAUGACUAUCUCAAAUAUAUUCAAUAUGUGCAAAGCCUGUUACUUUUGAUGAAAAAACGUAAAGUAAAAUGUAUCAAUAUGUUGAAGUAUAAAGAGAUUGAAAUUAGACUCAUCAAUUUGGUUAAAAAACUGCUCAGAAAAGUUGUCUAUUCCAACCAACAGGAUCUUGUCCUUUGGUACACUUGGAUUAAUUUUUGCCGCGAAAUGGGUCUCAGAGAGGACACCAGUAAAGUUUAUACUCGUAUGUUGCAAGUUCACCCUGAUAAAGAGGAAGUUUGGAUUGCUGCUGCUAAACAUCAAUUUGAGGAAAUGCGUAUGCUAACCGUUGCUCGUAAUUUGCUGCAAACUGGCUUACAAGAUAAUCCCGAUUCAAUUAAGCUUUGGGAAGAAUACUUUAAAUUUGAGUUGUUGCAUUUCGAGAUUGUUCGGAAACGUCAUGAAAUCUUGGCACAAGAUUUAGACAGUGAAAAAUACCAGAAUAUUUCUAAAGUUAAUUUUACCCUAGACGAAAGUGAUGCAGUGGUAAGUGGCAAAAUAGCAGUCAUUGUUUUUAAGAAUGCUGUCCCUGUACUAUCCAAAAAAUUGGCUCUUGCGAAAGGUUUUUUCUAUAUUCUUGAUAAAUUAGAACCUGGUUUGCGAACUCCAGUUAAAGUAGAGAUGAUAAAGAUUUUAGAAGAAAACUUUCCUGAUACUGAAGAGUUAUAUGACAUCAUCGCUCAAGGACUAAGACGAGCCAGAAUCUUUUGCACCAAAAGAAAGCGGAUCGAAGUGGCAGUUAGUAUUUACCGAAUGGGUACUGACAAAGUGCCUACCGUUAAAAUGUGGAAUUUAUUCAUAAGUUUCAAUUUAAGAUUGUUAUCCGAAUCUGCUGAUGGAAAAGACCCAGAAAAAUUGUUAGACAACUUACUGCUGAUAUUUGAUGAAUGCUGGAGAUCACAGUUGAUGUCUAGACAUGCUUUUCUCGAGUGGAUUCUCGCCUUACAAAUCAAAGAUAAUUUUGCACAAAUGGAUAAUCUUAUGGCCAAAGGAUGUGAAAAGUGGUCAAAGUACGCGGAUAUUUGGUACCUGCGUUUAAAAGUUCUCUCUACAAGGGUUACUUCCAAGGAGGAUGUAAAACAUCUUUUCCCUCUAGCUUUCAAAAGCAUUGAUUACAAGAUCGACCAGGAUGAAGACGAAGAUGAAGAAAAGAUAGAACAAUCUGGAAUGAUAAUCCGAAAUAUGAAAAAGAAAACUAUUGACGAUGUCUGGAAUCUCUUCAUUGAAUGGGCAUCUAAACACUUACACCCUACUGAAGUCAUCAGAAGAAUUGAGAAAUAUUUUUCCGAAUUACUUGGAGGAGGCAGUUGUUUAGUGACUCAACGUAAAAUUUCUUCAUUGCUGAAACCUGAAUUAUUGAGAAAAUCGAUUGAACUCAAAAAGAAUGGGUUAGAACUAGCUCGAAAUUAUUACAAUAAAUAUAAACAUCAUCCUCCUGCGGUUGCAUCUUUUUUCAAUGAAAUGAUUCAAAUUGAACGAAAUCAAAAUCCAAUUGAUUAUAAAAGAAUUGUGAAUAUUUAUGAAGAUUUAAUUAGUUAUUUCGGAGAAAAUGAUCAUCAAAUAUGGUUGGAUUAUUGUAAAUUUAUUCUGGAAAACAAAGAACCUACAACAGUUGGAACUAUACAUAAUAGAGCUUGUAAAACGUUAAUUGCAUCGGAAGUUUCACGUUUUGUAUCAUCAUAUUGUCUUUUGCAGAAUAAAAAUUAUAAUUCAUAACAAAAAAUAUAAUUUAAAUAAAUUGAUUAAGUUAACAAAAAAAUA